GUAUUAAACUUUUAAUUACCAAUCCCGCCGCCCUUUGCUACUCUUCUUCGAUUCUCGCUCUUUUCUGGGAAGGUACUGUGCUCAACUCGUGGAAGUGAGAAGAAUGGAGAAGAUUGAAGAAGUGGUGAUUGUUGGCGCAGGAGUUUCAGGCCUGGGCACGGCCCUCGGCCUCCACCGGAAGGGUAUAAGAAGCUUGGUGCUAGAGUCGUCGGACUCCCUCAGAGCUGCCGGCUUCGCUAUCUUAACCUGGCCCAACGCCUGGAAGGCCCUUGACGUACUGGGCGUGGGCGAUUUCCUCCGAGAAACUCAUGUCCUUCUUCAAAGGCUGGCUAUCAAUUCUGCAACAACAGGAGAAGUCAUAGCAGAACGAACGUUUUCAAGAGGAGAACAGCGUUUGAAGCUUGAGGUCCGUUCUUUGAAGAGAAACCUGUUGCUGGAGGCUUUGUCAAAGGAUCUGCCGCCUGAAACCAUAAGGUUCUCUUCCAAGGUUGUCUACAUAGAGGAGGUUGGUAAGUUGAAGCUCUUGCAUUUGGCUGAUGGUUCUACUCUUAAAACUAAGGUAUUGAUAGGCUGUGAUGGGGUGAAUUCAGUGGUGGCCAAAUGGCUGGGACUCAGACCACUAUUGUUCUCUGGUCGCUCAGCUUCCAGAGGCAUCUUAAACGCUUCUCAAUCGUCGAUCUCAAGGCGCCGCCUCAUAGAAUACUUCUUCGGAGAAGGAUUUCGAGCCGGUAUAAGUCACUGCGACGAGGACACUAUCUACUGGUUCUUCACUUGGUCUCCUUCCAAUCAAGCUGAGAAAGAAGCAGAAGAAAAUCCUCAGAAAAUGAGAGAGCUGAUGCUAAGCAAGCUAAAGAGCUCAAAGAUGCCCAAAGACGUGAUUGAAAUAAUUGAGAAUAGUGAUCUGAGCAAUGGAUUGGUCUCUGCUCCUUUGAGGUUCCGCUGGCCAUUUGAUUUGCUAUGGGGUAAUAUCUUCAAGGAAAAUGUUUGCGUUGCAGGCGAUGCUUUUCAUCCCAUGACUCCUGAUCUUGGCCAAGGAGGUUGCUCUGCUCUUGAAGAUGCUGUUGCGCUUGCUCGAUGCUUGGGUGAAGCACUUGCAGGAGAUGGAAACAAGACAGAGGAAAAAGAGUUUGAGAAAGUUGAGAAGGGAUUGAAGAAGUAUGCUGAAGCGAGGAAAUGGAGAAGCUUUGUUUUGAUUUCUGCUUCUUAUUUGAUUGGUCAGCUAGAGGAGAGGAACGGCUUUCUCAUCAGAUUCUUAAGGGAAAAGCUUCUUUCUGGAUUCAUAUCUUGGAUACAGCUCAAACUUACUGAGUUUGAUUGUGGGAGUCUUUAGGAGUUCAUGAAACUGUUUAUAUUGUUCAUCAAUUUGUAUUAUUUAAAUAUAUAAAAUUUUAAAUAAUGGCUUCUCAAUUUCUUCAGGAUGAAUAAUAUUCCAUGGAGAGAAAACAAGCUUCCUAUGCAUUACUUCCUAUUAGGUUGUCUAGCUACUAUAGUGAUAUUUGAAAUAAAGUUCUUAGUGCAAGAAGAGUUUCUUGCAUGAGAAAAGUUAUGUAAGACUUGAUGAAAUAUCGUUGGGACGUGAUGUGUGAAGGUUGAUGAAGAAGAAUAUAUGAUUGCUUUUGAUUGUGCUGGAUA